AUGACGCAGUCGAGGCCGUAUUUAAAAGGAUUAGGACAAUUCACGAUAGUGUCUCUUUCAACACUUAUAGCGGUUUGUAUUUUCGAUAAUUUAAGAGUUGAACUUCAAUUUCACGUGGUCCCGGACUACGAAGUUUGCUCAGACAUUUUGAUAGGAAUGAAUCUUGUUGAGGACACAAAUCUGAGCGUCAGAGUAAAUUCUCGAGGUGCAACUUUAAUCCACCAACCAGUGAUUCACCACAUGCGAACUCAAUGUAAAAAAUUUGAUAAAAUUGACUUUGACUUAACGGAUGAUAAUCAAAUCGGUCAAUUAAAAAUCUUUCUGAAUAAAUGCCAACAUUUGUUUAUACGUGGCUAUCCACAGUCACGUGUCAAUACUGGCGAACUUUUGAUACGCCUAAAAGAUGAAAAUAAGUUUGUCGAGCGUAGACCAUAUCGAUUAAGUCCAGUAGAGCGGGAGAAGGUGCGCGAAAUAGUCUCUGAUCGUCUCGAACAUAAUAUUAUUCGUGAAAGUAAAUCUCCUUUCUCUAGUCCAAUAAUAUUGGUUAAGAAGAAGAACGGUAAGGAUCGCAUGUGCGUGGAUUACCGGGAAUUGAAUCAGAAUACGCUAAGAGAUCCAUUGCCAAUUAUUUCUGAUCAGAUAGACCAAAUAGCAGGGUGUAUUUAUUAGUCUACGUUUGAUAUGGCGGCGGGGUUCCACCAAAUACCUA